AUGACAAACAGAGAGGAACCUUCAAGUUCUGUUACGUCGGUUAAUGGUGCCUCUACAAAUAAAGCUUGGAGUCCUAACCUUUUGGAGAAUGGUAGUUCUUCAAUUGUCGCUGAGUUUCAAGAUGCAGCGGACAACGUGCAUGAAGAGAUGGCUGUUAAUAAUGCCAAAAUAACAACCAACAAUGAUGUGAUAUCAAGUCCCCUAAUUACAACUAUUGCUGACGGAGAAAUGAAUUCGAAUGCCGGUUCUGUUGUUGACCUCGAAUUACCCGGCGCCAUUUCCUAUGUUCUAAAAGUAGUUCCUGCCAAAGCCCUGCAACAAGAUCAACAGCUUAAACCGUGUGCGUCAUACGCUGCCGCUGUCCAGUCUAAUCAACAGCGGUAUCAAGAAAAGACAAAGCAACAGCAGAUGGAGCAGACCACUGGGUUGAAUCGAGAUAUCACCAAACCCUCGCGUAAUACUGUUGAGUUUGUUGGUGUCGAGCGUAACCGUAUGAAAACCAAAGCUUUCUUCCUUAGUGGAAUUAAUGAUAAGGUUGCCUCGAAACAGAUUCUUGACUAUCUCUGUCAUCGAAAUAUAAUUCCAACCUUGUUAAACGUAUCUCCUAGUAAAAGGAAAGGAACCAUUUCUGCAAAGCUUAACAUCAAAAUCAAAGAUUUGGCCGGGUUAUCCGAGCCAAAUUUCUGGCCACAAUUUGUCAGAUGCCGACCAUGGGUAUCAAGAGAAAAGUUUUCCAAAACUGAAGGGCACAGAAUACAAGCGACACAAUCUGGGAAACACUCCACGUAUGUUUAAAUUAGUGGCUAACUCUGCAUCUAAUAGUUCGCUAGCAUCAAGUAUUAAACUAACGUCCUGGAAUAUUUCAGGUGUUAAGCAUAAUACCUGCUUUCUUAAUAAAUCUCUUUCAAAUUGUGACAUUUUAUGUUUGCAAGAGCAUUGGCUGUACUCUGACACGCUUUCAUUUCUGGACACAAUACACCUUGAUUUCUAUUCUUGGGGUAGGUGUGCUAAUGAUCUUGAUAUCGAUGCGACUUCUCGGCGUGGUUUCGGUGGUAUUGCCUUCUAUUGGAGGAAACACCUUAACAUGUCAAUUGAUGUGCUCUCAGAUCUUGGCAACGACCGAAUUGCUGUUCUAAAAGUUAAACUAAUUAACGGAAAUUAUAUUUACAUCGUUAACGUCUACUUGCCGACAGUUUCGGACAGUAGCGUAGCCAGCCCGACGAUUUAGUCCCGCUAUGCAAAUAUUUUUGUGUUCAUUGACCGUGAAAACAAUAAAUUUCUAAAGAAAUGAAUAAUGAUGAUAAUUUUGAAUUUGCAUAGCGGGACCAAAUUGUCGGGCUGGCUACGCCACUGGUUUCGGAAAAUGCUGCCACGUAUAAUGACUCCUUGGUAAUGCUUGAAAAUGUUAAUUAUGAACUUUAUGGAACUGGUACAGUUUUAUUGCUGGUGACUUCAAUGCCCAUAUUGGAUCCUUUGGGGGAACAAGAAGCACUGAUAAAGUAAACUGUAGAGGUCGCAGACUCAGCAAAACAAUGGUAGAAUUUGACCUAAUUUCCGUGAAUUCUCAGGUCGGAUGUACAGGGCCAAUUGAAACCUUCUAUAGUAAUGGCGGAUUGGUGCGAACCACCACUGACCAUAUUCUUGUUCCAAGAAAUUAUGCUUCCUUUAUCUUACAUAGUGCUGUCAUUCCAGACUGCUGUAGAAAUAUGUCUUACCAUCUUCCGAUUUCUUGUUCGAUUAACGUAGACUUGGUCACUAAAGUUCCAAAUUUAUAAACGAAGCAACUUUGCUGGAAAAACGUAAAAUACGACAAUAUUUUGCAGAAGUAUCAAAAUGCGCUUGGUACUGCUUUACAGAACGGUCCUGUAUUUUCGUCAGAGGCGAAUACUCCAAAUGCUAUCGAACAGUUAGUUGAUCACACCGUAAGUCACUUGAAAAUUACUGCAGACAAGACUAUUCCAACUAGAGUAUUUAAGCCCGUCAGAAAACACUACUGAAAUCCGACAGUUACGUCUCUAAAUCGAGAAGUUAAAACAUGUUGGAGAAAAUUAAAUGGCUUUAUGAAGGCAAACCUAGAGAUAAUAACAAUCAGUCUUUUAAAGACUACAAAAAAAGCUACAUAUAAUUUCCGUAAGGCCCAACGCCAAGCCAUUCAUGAGGAUGAGGUAAACGGCUUUGUGAAAUUGGAGAGGCAACAUGAUAUUGAAAGAAGCAAAUUCUACAACAGGAUUACCAAAUUGAAGAAACCAAAACGGGUAAAUAAUGGAGAAGUCUUAGAAUUUGAUGGUAAUCGUGUAAGCAACGAUUCUAAGGUGCUUGAUGUGUGGCGGCAGCACUAUUGUAAUUUAUACACUCUAAGAGACAAUCCAAACGUUGACAAUGACUUUAAGAAAUUUGUUGAAAACAAACAUGUGCAAUUUCAUACGGAUAGUUACAGAAAUGAUGACCCUCCGUUUCAAUUUGAUGAGGUUGUUGACGUAUGCUGCAAGCUCCCAAAUAGGAUGGCAAGUGGUCCCGACCAACUCUCGUAUGAACGUGUUAAAUUUGAAAGAAAUUUACUUUUUGAAGUUUUAACAAAGAUUUUGAAUGCUGUUAGAGAACUGGAGUAUGUUACGGAUGCAUGGAGUAUUGGCAACAUUUUUUUCCUAUUUAAAGGUGGAAAAAAGAACAGAUUCAAUAAAUUAAAGAAAACUAUAGAGCCGUAUAACUUUGUUAAAUGUAGUAGGCAAAAUAUUUGA